CGCGUUGGCACUCUCCACACUCCGGCAGCACGUUUCAUCUUUCCCUUUUCCCCCUCCCCUUUCAACCCGUCAAGAUCCAUAAUAUUUCUGCCUUUGCCAUUCAUUCUCUUAAACCAUACAUUGUUCAGUCUUUACUGCUGGGCCCUCGAGGUGCCUUUCACUCAUUCAUCUCCAGCCUCCUUUACGCACCUAGCAUUCUUUCUCCGCAAUCCGAUCGUCAGCUCUCAUCCAAUCCACCCCCUUUCUUGGCGCUCAGACAACCAAAAGAUCAACCCUCGCGCGCUUGGCAUUGCGAUCGAUACCCAUGAUCUGCUUGCACAUUCGUGCAUGAUCAGUCGUGACGAAUAACGCUGGAUGCCAGUCUGAAACACCAUCGCCGCCCUUUGUUGUCUCGUCGUGCGCUUGUCACGGUUGCCCCUGUCGGUCUUACGCCUGGCCCCCUCGAUCUUUCUGCCAGCCUCCUCCCAAAGCCUCUCAUAGUUAUGCGCCAGUCACGAGAUUGAGACAUCUUCCAACCUAGACCACUCUUUUACACCUGCUGUGUCGCGCUCGCUCUCUGACACCACUGCCUGACUCGUCAAACCUGAUCGUGACUUUACCCGGCUGGCCCGUGGAAGUCUACACUCGUCGCUCGACUCGUACACUCGUUCAAUCGCUCGCCAUCGCUACCUGGCAGGUCCGGGAUCACCGUCAAAAUGGGGUGCUGUGGUGAUCGCGAAAAGGGCGCAGCCUCGAUGGAAGAGAAGUGGGAUUAUGUGAACCUCGAUGAUUUCAAAUCCGACUCCUGCUGGACUCCCGUCUCCUAUUUCUUCCUCUGGGUAUUCAUGUUUGUCUCGUUCGCCGUUUAUGGCGUCGAUACCUUCACCGCUGUCAAUCUGCUAGCCUUCUCUCGCUGGAGUGGCCGUGUCGAACCCGCUAUUCCAUUCAAAAUCUCUCGGUGGAUUUUUGCCGUCUGCAUUCUCGUGUCGUUCGCUCUCUUAAUCUUUCGAUGGAUGUUUGCUAUCCGUGCGAUGCGUUCCGGCAGCAUCACGCGGAGCUACCUCGACCCUCUUGCGGUUCGCGUCCAGUGUUUCCGAGUGUUCACCAAGGGAGGUCGUGGAUGGAAGCGCUUCCUUGUCUUUGCAGAAUUGACCAAGAGUAAGAAGGGAGCCGAGUAUGUCGCCCUUUACGCAUACUUCUCCUUCCAGUCCUGGAUGAACACCAUCUUCGCUGAUGGGCCGCGCCAGGUCCUCAAUGCCAUUACGCUAUGGUCUGUCAUGCAGGCCGACCUGAUUCCAGGUGGUAAGAAUGCGGCGAAAGACAAUGGAACCUCGGACAUUCUGCAAUUCUUCAACAACGUGAAAAUUCUUGCAGAGGAAAAUAAUCUCCAAGCCGUGGUUCUGUUCGGUAUGCUGUUUACUCUGGUGAUCUGGGUUCUAUCGGUCCUGAAACUGGCAUCAGCCGUUAUUCUUUACUUGAUCUUCUUGUUCCAUCACAUUCCUUCCACGGAUGGAACCCUCAAAGCCUAUUGCCGUCGCAAGAUUAGCACCCGGUUGACGCGCAUCGUUCGGAAGAAGGUCAACAAGGCUUUGGCGAGUGGCUUUAAGCUACAGGAUCGCGCACCGACACAACCCAAUGUGGCAGGCGGGGAUAUCAAACCUACCUUGCCGUCCUUGCCUAAUCUCGAGUCGGAUAAGACGCCGGCUGUGACGACCCUAUCGCGUAGUACCACGCAGACGACUUUGCCUCCUUACACGCUGUCAAACUCGACUGCCACUGAGAAAAAUCCAACUUUGCCCAGCCUGGACUUUGAUAGCAAGCCUCCACUCACUCGGGCAAUGACUCAGUCAUCUGUCAUGUCCGAAUCGGAGUCGUUGACGGGUAAUGCGGCAGCGAUGGGAUACAGUCCACUGGAUCGCCAACACACCCCGCUGCCUCCUGUUCCACCUCUGCCGACAAGUAUGCCAAACAUGCCUCCCUCAAGGACCAACACGGCUCAGUCGAGACGUACUCCUGCCCCACAGCCGUUCGCCAAUGACGUUAGCCGGAAUAGCCCGGGACCUGGAAUGCGCAACUUGACCGAGUCUGGUGCUCAACCAUACCGUCCAUUCAGCCCUGCUAUUGAUUCCUAUGCUCGGUCGCACACGCCCGGUGCGGCUGUUAUAGAUGACUACUUUGACCGUUCACACACUCCAGGUGCUCAGGCCGCUUCUUAUGAUCCUUAUGGACCACCUGCGGGUUACUAUGGUGCUCCUCCCGAGGAGGAAUAUGAUGAUGGAUUCAGCGCUAGAGCUCCUUACAAUCAGGGGGCGCCCCCUCGCCCAAAGGAACAUUAUUCGUCCCAUGAUGGAUACCAAGAUAGGUCCUAUACGCCGGCGAGCACAGGGGCGAUGCCCCGUCCUCCGCCUGGGCGUUCAAUGACACCCGCUAGCACCAGUGCAACAUCGCACCCUCCCGGCCGGUCAAUGACAUCCGCAAGCUAUCGAAACACACCUGGUUCUCAAACAGAUGGACAAAUGCAGGGCGCUCAACGAUCCUACACAUCUUUCAGUCCCGAAAGUCCGGCCGACUCUCCAUCCGGCUACACAGCAUUCACUCCCAACGCUAGCAGCGCCAAUGCAAACAACGCUCCAAUGCCCUCCCAAACACCACAACCUCGUCUGCAAAGAAUCCAGGGCCCAUCUGGGUACCAACCCUUCGCACGAGCCAACACCGCAUCUCCCUCAACCAUGAACCGAGCCGGCCCUCCUGCAGGAUAUGGUUUCAACCGUUCAAAUACCAAUCAAUAUUGAUACUCUAUCUUCAAAGAGCUCUCAAAGUGAUUGGAUUUCCUUCUUUUUUCUCAAGAUUUAUCUCGAACCUUCUUAUGACCGUCUGCAGAAGAGCUGGCUUCUUCUCUUACCAUAAUGACCGGAUGUUUCAAACGAAGCUCAGGUCAUUGAUACCCUCCUUUUAUUAACAGCGAGCAAGUCUCUUGAAUUGAAAGCUGAAACGUUGUACAUACCCCCUCCAUAACAUACCCCCGUUCUGUUUAGCCUGGCCGUCUGUGCCAGAAUUGAUUUCUUUGGAUUACACGAAUUGAACAUUUAAAAAUACCUAAGAUCAUUCCUGGAGUGAAGUAAUAAGAAUGAAAGAUUUAG